AUGCAGAGGAACAAAGUGUGUGGGAAAGAGGCUGAUCACGCAGAUUCCAACUCCGAAUACCGUCUUAAGGCAGAAUCAGAGACUGCCGCAGCUGAAAGAAAAGCGCUGGUCGCGCAGAAGCGCGAGAUCUUCAUCGAGUUCGCGAAGAAGAGCUUGAAAAGUCCAUUGAAUCGCGACAAAAGCGGUAGAACAUACCUUCACCAUGCGAUCAGGUACACGAACAUUGAGACUAUCGAAAGGCUUCUUUCUAUUGGGUACAAACUGGAGACAAAGGAUUCUGUGGGCCACACUGCGCUACUCUUCGCAAUUUGGGUUGGGCAACGCACUGUUGCAUUAAAGCUUCUUGAAGGAUUUCCUAACCUAAGUGGACUUGCAGCGUCUACUUCGGUCAAAUCAGAGCGGGGGACUACCCCUUUGAUGUUAGCUGCUGCGCAGGGCUACAUUGAUAUUGUGCGGAUACUGGCGGAGCGGCAGCCUUUGGGACCUCGGGAAGAACAAGAGACAUGCCGCGAGGAUGACGAAGCAAUCGUACAAGAAAAGCCCCUCGAUAUGCCAUUGACAAAAAGAAGAUUCCAAGGAAGACUAUGGACCCUUAGCAGAGGAAUGUCAAUGCUGCUGUACAACAACAGAUCAGUCUCCAGUCUUGUUCCGUCAAUCCUUGACAGAUGGCCACAUAUUCUCAACCAGCCCGACGCCUUAUUUGGGCAAACGCCGCUCUCCCGGGCAUGCGAGACGGGUUUAGAAUCUGUGGUCGAUUUGCUACUCGGCAUUGAGGAAGUAGAUGUGAACAAGCCAGCGUCGGGCUGGGGAGACAGAACGCCGUUACAUCUCGCUGCAGCGAAUGAUCACCUAGGCAUUGUUCAAAGACUGCUAAAUCACCCGAAGACUCUCGUCAAUAAGCGAGACUCUUCCGGUGAGUCCGCUAUUGACAAGGCAUCUCAGGAAGGCGAAGCUUCCAUCUUGCAAGCUCUGCUCGUUCAUCAUCAAACUUCAUCGGAACGGCGUCUAGAGUUUGUGUCGAGUAUCUGCACAUCAGGCACCUAUAACCUUCAAGGGAUCGUUCCAAACAUACUCGAGUACAUUGAGGACGCCACAAUCACUAAUGAAAAGUUAAUUCAGCUCAUUGAUCUUAGUGAAGAUAUGCGUUCUUCUGUGCCUUACAAGGCAUUUGUUGAGCGCGCAUUCAGUCGCGAUACAUGGAAAGUCAUGGACCAUCCCUAUCAUCCAGUGGUCCGAAUCGGUCGCUCAGAUUUGGUGAAAAGGCUCAAAGACUACGGUAGGGAGACCACAGAUCUGGAUGAAGACGGAUGGUCCUGCAUUGAGUAUGCUAAGACAUACUGUUUGGAGAAUGUGCAAGACGAUAUACUGGAUCUGGUACAGCUACCGCCUACCAAGUCUGGACGGCCCAAAAAGCCUGAAUUUAACACACCAAAUACGCUACAUUAUCCCGAACUUGCCGACAGCAUCGAACGCGCUUUCCAAUAUUCAUUUGCUAAAUACCACUCAGACGUGACAGUCACCAAGCACGAAGAUAAUUUUACACACGCAAGUAUUCGGAGUGAGCAUUGCACGCCUCCUCUAUCAGAAUCAACAAAGCACUUUUACUUCGAAGUGACAGUGUUAAACGAACCAGUUUCAAAAAUCCUUGGUCUGGGCUUCUGCAACAAACGGUAUCCUACGGGUGGCAUGCCUGGUUGGUAUAGAAGCUCGUGGGGUUAUCAUGGCGAUGACGGCGCAAUCUUCCUCAACAACGCCAAUUCUGACUUCUCAUACUACAAGAAAGAAAGUCCUUCUGACGACUUUGGAGCAAAGGGCGAGUUUGGAGCAAACGACAUUGUCGGGGUAGGUCUGAAUUUAGAGACUGGCAAAGGAUUCGUUACUCUCAACGGGAAUCUGAGAGACGUUGGCGACAUGUUUGAGGGCGAAAAGUUCAACGACAGGAAGAUGUACCCGUGUGUUGGGAUAGAUACUACGGAUGAAGGUGUGGGCCUACGCUUCGUGAUCAACUUUGGAGAGUCUGCCGACCAUCCGUUCAAGUUCAAGGGGCCAUAUCCUUAG